AUGGCCUCCGGUUCCGGAAUCGUUUGGUUUCAACGUAUAAUCAAUCUUAAACCGAAGCCGCGCGGGUGCCACUACGUAACCGAUGAGGUUGUGAAGGGAUUCCCUGAAAUCAGCCAGAUCAAAAUAGGGACCCUGCACCUCUUCAUGCAGCACACUUCUUGUAGCAUCACGUUGAACGAGAGUUGGGAUGCAUCUGUGAAGGAUGAUGUCGAAAUGCUCCUUAAUCGACUUAUACCAGAGAAUUUGAACUACAAGCACUCUUGCGAAGGUCCGGACGAUAUGCCAGCCCACGGUAAGCACGCCAUACUGGGCGGUUCUAAUGUGACCGUGCCAAUCACGGAUGGGCGCAUGAACCUGGGAACCUGGCAAGGCCUCUGGUUCAUUGAACAUCGCAAUCACGCCUUUAUUGUGAGCCGGCCACUGGCUAUUUCACGUAUCUGA